UCUGUCAUGGCCGCCUCCUCGUGCUGGUAUCCGCGUCUGUGGUUCUAGGGCUGUGGAUGUGACUACAGUCCCAGUGGCUACUAGACUUCAGCGUCUUUGGACCUUCCUCCUUUCACUUUUGCUGACUCCGGUGUGACCCUUGUGGAAGCCCGUUUUGUCUGCAGCAGUGUCCGGUGAGAUGUGGGCUCCGGAGCUGGCAGUUCUGAGGGGCUUCCCCACUGAGGCUGAGCGACAGCAGUGGAAGCAGGAGAGGAUCGCCGGUGCAGACAGCAGAUCUUUCCUACAGUUGCUGCUAGAAGGGUGCUAUGAGACCAUGUUCUUAAAUUCAGUGACUCAAAAUAUUUUUAAUUCAACAAAGAUACCUGAAGAAAAGAUUGAUAACUAUCUGGAAAAGCAGGUAGUAACAUUCCUGGAUUUUUCAACAGACGUGAACAACAUGGAAAGACAACAGCUGAUAUUCCUACUUGGUGUGAGCAGUUUGCAACUUUUUGUUCAGAGUAACUGGACGGGACCUCCUGUUGAUUUACGUCCUCAGGAUUUUUUGCCUUCUGUUUUGUUCCAGCAGUUCAAUGAGGCUAGAGGACUGGAUGUGGCUGUUUUGAAUCUGCUCAUUCUAGAUGGUGAAUCCAUCUACAAUCUAACCUUGAAGCCUAUACUGCUGUUAUUAGCUCGAGUUAUCCUAGUGAACCUAAGGCAUAAAUUGACUGCUAUUCAGAGCUUGCCAUGGUGGACUUUGAGAUGUGUGAAUAUUCAUCAGCAGUUGCUUGAGGAACGCUCACCUCAGCUUUUUGCUGUAGCUGAAUACUGUAUUGAUCAAGUGAUGAAACUAGAGAAUCUGUUUGUAGAUGAUUCAGGUCGAUAUCUGGCUAUUCAAUUCCAUCUGGAAUGUGCAUAUGUAUUUUUGUAUUAUUAUGAGUAUAAAAAGGCAAAAGAUCAGUUCAGCAUUGCUAAAGACAUCAGCAAGUUACAAAUUGACUUGACAGGUGCUUUGGGAAAAAGGACACGAUUUCAGGAAAAUUAUGUGGCACAACUUAUUCUGGAUGUAAGAAGGGAGGGGGAUGUCUUUUCAAGUUGUGAAUUAAGUCCAGCACCCACUCCUCAGGAACAUUUAACCAAGAAUCUUGAGCUCAAUGAUGAUACUCUUCUGAAUGAGAUAAAGUUAGCAGAUUGUGAACAGUUUCAGAUGCCUGACCUAUGUGCUGAAGAGCUUGCUGUUAUCCUUGGAAUCUGCACAAACUUCCAAAAGAAUAACCCAGUACAUAAGUUAACUGAAGAGGAGCUGUUGGCAUUUACAUCAUGUUUGCUUUCGCAACCAAAGUUCUGGGCCAUUCAGACGUCAGCCUUGAUCCUCCGAACAAAACUUGAGAGAGGAAGCACACGCCGAGUGGAACGGGCAAUGAGGCAGACACAGGCUCUUGCGGACCAAUUUGAAGAUAAGACUACAUCUGUAUUGGAACGUCUGAAGAUUUUCUAUUGCUGCCAAGUACCACCACACUGGGCCAUUCAGCGCCAACUUGCAAGUUUACUCUUUGAGUUGGGAUGCACCAGUUCAUCCCUUCAGAUAUUUGAGAAGCUGGAAAUGUGGGAAGAUGUUGUCAUUUGUUAUGAGAGAGCUGGGCAGCAUGGAAAGGCAGAAGAAAUCCUUAGGCAAGAGCUGGAGAAAAAAGAAACACCGAGUUUAUACUGCCUGCUUGGAGAUGUCCUUCAAGACCACUCCUGCUAUGACAAGGCCUGGGAGCUGUCCCGGCACCGCAGUGCUCGUGCGCAGCGCUCCAAAGGCCUCCUGCAUCUUCGAAACAAGGAGUUUAAAGAAUGUGUGGAGUGCUUUGAACGCUCGGUGAAGAUUAAUGCCAUGCAGCUCGGAGUGUGGUUUUCCCUAGGCUGCGCCUAUUUGGCCCUGGAAGACUAUGAAGGUUCAGCAAAGGCAUUUCAGCGUUGUGUGACUCUAGAACCUGAUAAUGCUGAGGCUUGGAACAAUUUAUCAACUUCCUAUAUCAGAUUGAAACAAAAAGUAAAAGCUUUUAGAACUUUACAAGAAGCUCUCAAGUGCAACUAUGAACACUGGCAGAUCUGGGAAAACUACAUCCUCACCAGCAUUGACAUAGGAGAAUUCUCAGAAGCCAUUAAAGCUUACCAUAGGCUCUUGGACUUACAGGACAAAUACAAAGAUGUUCAGGACCAUGAGUCUGAGCUCACAUUCUUAGAAGUGUUAACAUUCCAAAGGAGCGAUAAUUCCUCAGCUGCAUCUCCCGCAUGGAUCAGAAUGUUCUAUAAGGAGACAGAGCAAAGUGUUCUACUGGUUGCAUUUCUCUUAACAGCACCUUCUGAAAGAGGUGUGUAGAUUCAGUCUUUGUUUCAGGCACAGUUGUUUAUUGAGUCAGUGCUGUGUGCCAAGCACUAUGUUGGACACUGGGAAUACAAUGACAGUGAGAUGUGGGCCCUCCUUGAACUUCAGGGUAAGAAAAAGGAGGCAGACACCCUGUCUCUUGGAACCUUGCAACUCAAAGAGUGGUCCAUGGACCAGCAGCUUGUUAGAAAUGCAGAAUCUCAGUCCAAGAUGGUUCAGAAUCUCCAUCCAAGAUUCUCCAUUUCUAACAGGUUCCUAGGUGAUGCCAAUGCUGUUGGUCCAUGGACCACACUGAGUAGCAAGCUUUUAAGAUGCUCGUCUAAAGCUGAGUCUUUGGAUGGACCCAGGUGUCUUUGCUUCCCUUCCCCAUUAAAGGAGUGGAAGAUUGAGGAUGUACUUUCUGUGCCCCAGUGAGCUGCCUUGAGAUACACAGCUUAAUAUAGAUAUGACUGAUAUGCCUUGUCAUAACAGUAUAAGCCUGCAGUGGCAUCCAACUUAAAUCCAUCUAUCAGCAUCUAGGUUAGAAUGUGUAAAGAGUACUGAAUAUAAAGAAUAACUGGUAGCGAGACAGUCAAGAAGUUGCUAAGUGGUGAGUUGACUGGGGGUAGCUUCUAGUUAGAAAAGAAGAGAUACUUUCUUUGUACCCCUAUGCCCAAUGCAAAUGCAUUAGCUGUUUAUCAUUCAACAAUUAGGCAGGGGUAGGCCCUUUUUAAGCAGAGUUAAAAUGUUAUCACAACAUUUCAGGUGGAAAAUAAUGAGACCUAAACUAAAGUAGAAAAAGCUGGAUUUAGGAUUUAUUAGGAAUGUUGAAAUCAAAUUAAUUAGGACAUGGCAGAAAUGGGACAGAAGAGAAUCUGGGUUGAUGCUCAGGAAACUGUGUGGAUGGGAUCACCUAGAGACUACAAGAAGAAAACAGCUCUGGGAUCUAUGUUUCACUCAGAUAGAUGGAGUGGGAGAUGUUAAUGGGACAUGCCUGGUGGGUUUUGAGGUGCUAGAGCUAUGGAGAGGAGUCUGGUUGGAGCUGCACAGACACUAUCAGAGUAUACUUGAUAAUAUAUUUGAAGCUACAGGUGUGGAUGAGAUCAUUCAAACAAGAGCUGACCACUGGAUAUGGGCCCUGUGGAAGAAGACAACUCCAAAGAGACUGAAAAGGAGCAUCCAGAGAGAUAGGCAUGCAGUUCUAGAGAAGAGUUCAGGAUGGUUUGACUUUUAUUUUAAUAAAAGUCUAAGGGUGAUAUUCUAACAGAUCUCACAAGUUUUAUCAAUGUCAUCAUCAUUGCUGAUUAUCUUAGUUUCCCUCUGCUAAAACAAAUACCAUACAGUGGGUUGGCUUAAACAACAGGAAUUUAUUGGUCCAUGGUUUUAAGACUAGGAGAAGUCCAAAAUCAGGGCUUCAGCAAGAUAGUGCUUUCUCUCCAAAGACUGUGGCAUUUUGGGUCUGGGUGCCAUUGAUCCUUGGUCCUUGCCUUUUCUCAUAUGGGAACACAUGUGGCAAUGUCUUCUUUCUCCUCUAGGUUCCAUUGUCUACUUCUGGUGUUUUCCUGUGGCUUUCUUUACUUAUAAAGGACUCUAGUAGCCCAUAUUAGAGCCCAGCAUGAUUCACCUGGGCCACACUUUAACUGAGGGAACAUCUUCAAGAGAUCCUGUUUACAAUGGGUCCACACCCACAGGAAUUCAGUCUGCUGUAGUGAUGUUGAUGGUAGCGUUUUGGUUUUGUUGUUUAUUUAUUUCUAGCUUACCAAUUCACUUACAUGCAUUUUUUAAGGUCCUUAAAAUUCUAGUCAGGGCAGUGAUUGAGGGGAUGACUGAUCGAAGUGGAGAUGUUGCAGUUGGCCUCAAAGGAAAGCUGCAGGAGUUAUUUGGCAGAGUAACUUCAAGAGUGACAAAUGAUGGAGAAAUCU